CUCAUCACGAGCGCAGUAACACUUUCAUUCCUAUCUUCCCCGAGACCAGCUACGACCCACACACUAUUGGAAACUUCAACGAGGGACGGAUGGCACAGAACUAGUAGACAACACCCUCACGAUUUUCUAGUCCUACGGUGUAUGGAAAGUGAUCCUGGAUGGACCUGGGCGAAAACAUAUGGUCCAUGGUCAAGCGAGAAGUGUCCAGCAGCCCAGGGUCACCGGCUGAACAGAGCUACUUACACGGCGGGCAGGGCAGGAGGGACAGCCACGCGCACGACUCGGAGGGGCUCAGGUCACCGCUGCCAAGCGAUCAAAUUGACACAGUGGGACACCGGCGCGCGGAGGGGCCAGGCAGAUCAUCUCUACACUCCUACGUUCAGUUCGGACACGGUCACCAUCACAACAACACUGAGGACAUCACUCUGUUCACAGAUUUAGACCAGGGCAAUAAACUCAUCAUCUCCAGUGGAGCGCACCCGCACCACAAGGGGGGCCUUAUCGUUGACCCCAGCGACAUGUAUCAAACACUAGCCAUCGCGGCGGCCCACCAGAGCCAGGCGGGGUACGACUCGCCCUCUGGGGGCUAUAUGCACUCCAACCCCAAUUCUCCAGUGUAUGUACCGAGCUCCCGGGUGGGACCCAUGAUACCCAGCCUUCCUUAUUUGCAAGCCAGUGGGUCGUCUCAGCCCAGCCAUGCGGUCACCAGCCACUCAGUCUGGUCGCAGUCUACUCCGGAGAGUCCCUCCUACAGCACCGGGAGUCCUCAUACCUCCAACCGUUUCCACUACCCUCCAAGCCCGCCCAUGAACAACGGGGUUCCCAGGGAUAACGGCUACAGUAACCCGCUGAAUGUGAGCAGCCGAGACCAGUACGGUCUCUCACGCCCCCUCAGUGGAUCCUACACCAGCCCCUACUCCCAGUAUGUUGGACCGCAGCUAUCCCAGUUGUCCUCGCCUUGGCCCGGAGGACCGUUUGAUAACACCAUGCUGCACACUUUGCAAAGCAGAGGUGCGCCCUUGACGAUUCGAGGACCUAACGGAGAUAUUCUCGACGACCUGGGGGAGAGCAGGGAAUGUGUCAACUGCGGCUCCAUCUCCACGCCGCUCUGGAGACGCGAUGGCACGGGCCACUUUCUCUGCAACGCCUGCGGCCUGUACAGCAAAAUGAAUGGACUCAGCCGGCCAUUAAUUAAACCACAGAAGCGGAUGUCAUCAUCCCGGCGAAUCGGCCUCUCCUGUGCCAACUGUCAGACGAGCACAACCACCUUGUGGCGCAGAAACGCAGAGGGAGAACCGGUGUGCAACGCAUGUGGGCUCUACACAAAAUUACAUGGAGUACCUCGGCCCCUUGCCAUGAAGAAAGAGGGAAUUCAGACGAGAAAAAGAAAACCUAAAACUUUGAACAAAACCAAGGGAUCCUCAGGGAAUAGUAAUUCAGUCGCCAUGACUCCGACGUCCACGUCUUCUUCCAACUCUGAAGACUCGAAGAACAGCUCUCCGAACACGCAGGUGCCAGGGGUUCAGUCCUCUGUACUGAGUGGCCCAGUGGAGGGCUCAGCUGGCUCUGGUGGCUCUGCCGUGGUCAAGUACCCAGGCCAGGACGGCCUCUACACCCGUGGGGGCCUCACCCAGUCUGCAGACGUAGCCGACUCUGUCAGAGGGGAGCCCUGGUGCCCUAUGGCCCUGGCCUGAGUCACCGAGCUGGGGGACGGAACCCACCGCACUAGCCUCUCUCUCUCUCUCUGGAUGUCCUGCUGCUGAGUGGUGGAAGUAUUCAGUGCCUUCGAUGGCUCUGGGCCUGUUUCCUACUUCCCAGCUAACAACUGUUGGACAGAGACAGCCUUUUUGCCCCUUCACACCCCUGCAAGUUUGAAAUGUCUGUGGAAUAUUUGGGAUUGAUUUCCAGAAUGAUAUGGGAAAACCUUAGUGCCUUAACACAAAGGGAAAUAUGUGAGAGGGGAUGCCUUCUUGUUAGUCUGCAGUUGAAAUGCUUUCUGGAGCGACCUGCUGUGUGUGUACUCAAUAUCUCUCUCUCUCUCUCAGACAUGGAGGUGGAUCAAAUGUUCUUUGUUGUUUGAAAUGAAGAAACCUAUACAUAAUGCUAUGGAUUCCCCCACUCAAGACAAAAGCAGUUAAUUGGAUAUUAGUGCUUGAUAAAAGCAAUAUCCCUACGAAGGACAUUUUUAUAAUAAUUUUUUUUGAAACUGGAAUCAAGCUAUCAAGUUACCAAGACAACCUUCCUGAAUCAAGAGAAAGUAUUUAUUAAUCUUCCAUUGUUUAAAACAUGAGUAUGAUUGUUAAAUAAAGAUAUGGACAUAGAGUAGAACUGAAAGAAAAACAUUUCUUAUGUCUUCAUUUUAAAUAUGAUUGUUCAUUUCUUUCUCUCUUGUUGAGUUAGUAGUUGUCAGUCAUUGCAAAUAUGUUUUUCCACUGAUAGCUCUUACUGUAGGCCUAUCUGACUGAAACUCUUAUGGUUUUAAACAGGGUAUCAAAGACUGUGACAUCCUAUGUCAGUCAAUUUUUGUUUUUAAUUAUUUACUAAAUUCUUAAAUAAUCAAAUCCUACAAAUGAAAUUAAAAUACUGUUAAUUUAUGGUACUAUUUUGGAAGAAAUUGGUAGAAGCUGUUUUUUCUAAGGUGAGGAUAAAAAAUGUUUAGGACAUUUUCGCAAACUUUUUGACACAUGUACAACAGCUAGCUAAGUACUGUUUGAACAAAUGGCACCCAUAAUCAUUUUAUAGAUGCAUCUUUUUGUUACAAUACUAAACUGUAAAAGAGGACUGCUGCAAUAUUUUCUGUCUGCAACAAAGACUACCUAACUGAUAUGAACUGUAUACAUUUACUGUUGCAUACAUGCAUGUGAUUUUCAUGAUACAAUUUGACAGAAAUAAAAUGAAAAGGCUAAAUGGCA